CAGCGAAAAUCAAAUUUCAACUCAGCAAGACGACUUAAGACGAGGAUCUCUGGACAGUACAUGUCUGUCUGUGCUCAUCUUCACGCGCAGAAGCUCAGAAAGUAUGAGACACGGUCACUUCUUCUUGCUGCUUGCCUUGUUCUGCAAAAUGCCUGCUCUAAGCUUAAGACUCCUCAAAGGCCCCUGACAACUGUGACAAAUGGUUUCAGACAUCCCUGAGGGAAUAGCUCCUGUCCUCUCUAUGCAGCGAACACUUUCAACAAACGGCUCACACUGAUUGAGGUCAGUCAUGCCUCUUUUCGACAAGCGCCGUCCUCCGCCGCUCAAUAUCGAGAUGUGCAAUGCGUUUGCAUGCGAUUACGAAGAAGCCUAUUCGCUUAAGACCAUCAGCGAAUCUCCGUCUACUUUGCCGUCUACUUUGCCAUCACUAGCGCAAUUUCAGUUAUCGCCCAUACAAUCGCAUCGGCAGAAGGAACGUUGGUUGUACGUGACAGCGGCAGUAACCAUUUCCUUGCUCCUGCUGCUCAUGUUGCUCGAGUUCCGCGAUAGUCAAGAGCCCACGACGUUGCGGCCUUUGUCGGACUAUGUUCUCAGACAUCCGCGGUGCGACGAGGUAGUGCGCAAAUGGACCUGGACAAUCGAAGAGCUGAACGGGAAGUUGACGGUCAAUGGCAAAUUUCCAGGACCUCUCGUCGAGGCCAACGUUGGCGACGCCAUCUACAUUACUGUUCGCAAUCGAUUGGACACUGCCACAUCUCUGCACUUCUUCGGACUCAAUACGAGUCAAACAGAGGACGGCAUGCCCUUCAUUUCACAAGAUCCAAUCUUCCCGGGCGAAGAAAUUGCCAUCUCAAUCGAUGCAGCUGAGGCAGGAACAUUCUUGUGGGGAAGCCUGACAGAUGUGCAGCGACUGGAUGGCCUGGCCGGUGUGCUUGUUGUCCACCCUGACUGCAAGCAAGUUGCGCGAGAGUUUGUCUUGCUAGUCUCCGAUGUAUACUCCAAGCCAGCAAGUCAACUCCUCGAUACAUACCUGGCAGGCCCACUUGAACGACCCAUUUCAACAGGCAUUUCAGUGUGUGGAAGAGAUUUGGCUGAAGUUGCGCCGGCGGCGGGUAUGCAGCGCUAUCGCAUUGUUCAUGCUGGGUCCACCACGGUCAGCUUAAUUACUGACACAAGCGAACUUAUCGAGCCUGGUCAAGUGCAGAUCAUCCCUGCCGCACGGUUGAGAUGGUCGCUUGACGCACCUGUCCAUCGCCCAAGUGUUUUGCUUGCAAAGACGCAGGGCAAGGUAGACUACACGCUGACAAUCUCUGUUGAGUCACGCAAUGGUCAUGCUCGACAUACAGUCAACAACAUCUCUUAUGUGCCGGCCAACUAUGCGCUUGCCAGUAAGCCGGUAGCAAGCCCUCUCGGACUGGGUACGCCAUACUCGCCAGACAUACUGACCAUCACACACCAAGGCGAGGUGGCACUGCGUAUAAUCAAUACUCUGCCAACAUUGCAACCGCUCUACUUCCACGGCCAUCAGAUCAGAGAGGGCGGGCAUAUAGCAAGCAUUCCUGCACAUGCUAGCAAAGUGGUGCAUCUAGUAGGAACGCAGAAGGGUCUCUGGGCGGCGCAGAGCAUGGAUGAAUGGAGCGCAGCUUCAGGCUUGACAUUUCUGAUACAGACUAUGUAGGUAUCUAGUAAGCGCGACGCUUCAACACCAACUGCUGCUGGCCGAGCGACGUGAAGCCAAAGACAAAUGUCGAGAGCGCCCAUUUGAUGGAGUCGCCGAGAGACUUGCCAGCUCGCAAGGAGCGGUAAAAGGCAAGCGCUGCCUCACCAGUGUGGGCGAACAGCAGGAAUUUGAUGAUGGCAUCGGCCGUGAAGGGCAACUUCUGGCGCAGAUUGACAAAGAGCGAGGCCUCUGUUUCGUUAGCGAUGUGUUUUGUGAAGCGCAUCAUCUCAUACGCGAUGUCUUCAGGAGGUAGACAAAGCCAUAGACGGCGAAGCUCGUGAGGUUCUUGUUGGUAGGGGGAAGUUCGAAGCUAGACAUGG